AUGCAGGCGGGGGGUGGAGGCGGGUUCUUCCCCCGCGGCCGGACUCGCAGUGCCGACACCGUGCGGCUCCGCAAGAGAAAAUCUGCGCUGUACAGCGCUGCCCCGGGGGCCGGCGGGGAGCGGGGCCCAGAGCUUAUUGGCGAAAACAUUUAUCUGGUCUUGUUUACCAUAACUCUGCGAGUACUUAACUGCUUUUUAGUCCAGACAAGCUUUGUUCCAGAUGAAUACUGGCAGUCGCUUGAAGUUGCACAUCAUAUGGUUUUUAAUUAUGGCUACUUGACCUGGGAAUGGGCAGAAGGUUUAAGGGGUUAUUCAUACCCACUACUAUUUGCAACUAUCUACAGAGUUUUACAGCUACUGGCAAAGGAUGAUGUUCAGCUGCUGAUUUGGAUCCCUAGACUUGUGCAAGCAGUUCUGUCAGCUCUCGCAGACGUAAAGCUUUACUCAUUAGUGAGACACCUAGAAAAUGCAGAAACAGCAAAGUGGGUGUACCUUUGCCAGUUGUGCUCUUGGUUUACAUGGUAUUGCUGUACCAGAACUCUAACAAACACCAUGGAAACUGUUCUCACCAUCUUUGCUCUUUUCUACUAUCCAAUGGAAGGCUCAAAGACAAGGAGCAGUUGCAAAUAUUUAACUUUGGUAGCACUUGCAUUUAUUAUUCGUCCAACUGCUGUAAUUCCAUGGAUACCUUUGGUGCUCAGGCAUUUCUGGCAAGAACAGAAGAAGGUAGACCUUGUUCUAUACAGCUGUAUUCCAGUAGGAUUGGUCACUCUAGGGAUUUCUUUAAUAAUUGAUCGUGUAUUUUUUGGUGAGUGGAUACUGGUUCAGAUGAAAUUCUUGAAGUUUAAUGUGCUACAGAAUUUGGGGACAUUUUAUGGUUCUCAUCCUUGGCAUUGGUACUUGAGCCAGGGAUUGCCGGUUAUUUUGGGCACCCAUCUACCCUUCUUUAUUCACGGCUGCAUCCAGGCCCCAAAGAGGUAUCGGAUCUUUCUAGUGGUAGUGGUUUGGACAGUGUUGGUAUACAGCACGUUGAGCCACAAAGAAUUCAGGUUUAUAUAUCCCGUACUGCCAUUUUGCAUGGUGUUUUGUGGAUAUUCUCUUAAACAAUUGAAAACAUGGAAGAAAUCAGCAAUAACCUUCCUGCUUUUAUCAAAUUUACUCCCAGCCCUGUACACGGGUUUGAUUCACCAGCGUGGCUCUCUUGAUGUCAUGAUUCAUAUGCAGCAGCUCUGUAACAAUUCUUCUAACCAAUCAUGGGCUUCUGUCUUUGUAAUGAUGCCAUGCCACUCUACUCCUUUUUACAGCCAUGUUCACUGUCCUCUACCAAUGAGAUUCCUUCAGUGUCCUCCAGACCUAACUGGAAAAGAGAGUUACCUUGACGAAGCAGAUAUAUUUUACUCUAAUCCACUCAAGUGGCUUAAUGAGGAGUUUUACAAUGGUACAUUACCUACUCACUUGGUCUUCUUCAGUGUGCUAGAACAGGAAAUAUCAUCGUUUCUUGUCCUAAAUGGUUAUGAGAGAACAGCUACUGUCUUUCACACCCAUAUGCCUCAAGGACGAAUUGGAAGCCACAUCUAUGUCUACACAAGAAGGGUGAAAUGAAGCAUGCUUCAAGAUCAGUUUCUGAACUGGGACC